AGGGAGAGACUGGAAGGGGCCAGGGCAAGAUCCAUUCUUCAAGGCUAAUGUGGUCUUUGCUCCCAGCACUCAGGACGCAGAGACAGGCAAAUCUCAGCAAGUGUGAGGCCAGUCUGGUCUGCAUAGUGAGUUCAAGGCCAGCCAAGGCUACAUAGUAAGAUCCUAUCUCAGUGUAUAUGUACGUGCAUACAUACAUACAAACAAACAUGCAUAUUACACUCUUCCAAGGCAAGCAAGCCCCUAGUGACUACUUUCUCAGCCAGGCCCCGCCUCCCACAUUCUACUUCAUGAUGGUCUUACCCUUUAAGUCCAUCAGUAGACUCCAUCGGUGAAGAGCUCUUGUGAGCCGCUCCCCUUCCAGGGUCCAUCUCUGAAUACUGCUUGCACGUGGGCCACUUUGGGGACACUUCAGAAUCAAACCAUGUGCCUUCUUGUGCAUUUCCCUCCUUUUCCACUGCCAGCACUGUGUGUGGUAGUAGUGCUAGCCCCAGGGAGGUGUGACGGCAGGGCUACAGCCACUAAACUUGGAGCUCAGGCAGGCUAGGUGGUUGUGACCACAGUAGGAAUACCCAACCCUCUUUCAGACAUCUGGGUAAGCCUGAGUCUGGGGCACAGCCCUGGACCCCAAACGACCCCCAUUGGUGGACAUAAAUUUGAGCCGUAUUGUUUGUAGCUGCCAGUAAGACCCUGCAGUCUGUUCCUGUCUCCCAAAGCCCCAGGGGGGAUGCUCAGCAAGGAUGGUGUCUUUAAAAGCUGAAACGUCAGACAAGGCCGUCCCCAUUAUUGCCGUAGAGACUGGUCUUAGCUGUGCAGGUGUGCUCCAGCACAGCUGGGCAAAGCCCCACCAGCCUGUGCCUACCCUCGGGCUGUGCCCAGGUGCAGGGCAGAGCUUUUUUGACACCCUCUGCUGCUGGCAGGUGGUGAAGCGAGCUGUUGCCAGCCAGCCAGAGUCCAUCGAUGCAGCUGAGAGGGCGGAGAAGUUCCGGCAGAAGUAUUGGAGUAAACUGCAGACACUGCGGCACCAGCCCUUUGCCUACGGGACACUGACUGUGCGCAGCCUGUUGGACACGAGAGAGCACUGCUUGAAUGAGUUCAACUUCCCAGAUCCCUACUCCAAGGUGAAGCAGAAAGAAAACGGCCUCGCACUGAAGUGCUUUCAGAGUGUGACGCGCUCGCUGGACUCUCUAGGCUGGGAAGAGCGGCAGCUGGCCCUGGUGAAGGGGCUGUUAGCUGGGAAUGUCUUCGACUGGGGAGCCAAGGCCGUGUCUGAUGUCCUUGAAUCAGACCCCCAGUUUGGGUUUGAAGAAGCAAAGAGAAAAUUGCAAGAACGGCCCUGGCUUGUGGAUUCCUACACCAAGUGGCUCCAGAGGUUAAAGGGGCCCCCUCAUAAAUGUGCCUUAAUUUUCGCAGAUAACAGUGGGAUAGACGUCAUUCUGGGAGUCUUCCCCUUUGUCAGGGAGCUACUCUGUAGAGGGACGGAGGUCAUCUUGGCAUGCAACUCAGGCCCUGCCCUGAAUGAUGUCACCUACAGUGAGUCCCUCAUUGUGGCAGAACGCAUUGCGGCCAUGGACCCCAUUGUCUGCUCUGCACUCAGAGAAGACAGGCUGCUGCUAGUGCAGACUGGUUCCAGCUCCCCGUGCCUGGAUCUCAGCCGCCUAGACAAGGGACUGGCCGUGCUGGUGCGAGAACGUGGUGCGGACCUGGUGGUCAUCGAGGGAAUGGGCCGUGCCAUCCACACCAACUACCAUGCAUUGCUGCGCUGCGAGAGCCUCAAGCUGGCAGUGGUAAAGAACGCCUGGCUGGCAGAGCGGCUAGGGGGCCAGCUCUUCAGUGUCAUCUUCAAAUACGAGGUUCCCACCGAGUGAGACGCCCACUGCCAGACCUGCCUGCCUGUCCCUCGUCAGGAAUAUGAUUUACUGUGAGGAGCCUAAGUCACACCGGAAUAUUGAAACCAUGCUUCUGUGACUGACAGCACAUGUUCCAGGGCCACCCAACCUAGCAGUUGUCCUGUGGGACACUGCUGUUGGGAUGUAUUUAACUGUUAAA